GUGGCUUGGUGAGGCCCUUGUGGGCUGGGAGGAGCCAGAGAGGCCCCUGCCAGCCUGUCACAGGCUCUUGGUGCUGGCACGGCUCUGGCUCUCACACACGCACACACGCACGCACACACGCACGCACAGGCAAGCACCCCUGGGUGGCUGCCACGGUGUCACCUUCAGUCUUACAGGUCCUCCCUCCCAGGCUCAAAGCUGGCUCUGUAGGGGACACAGUGACAUGAGAGGCACACCACAGACCCACCUCCUGGCCUUCGCCCUCCUCUGCCUCCUCUCCAAGGUGUGUACCCAGCUAUGCCCAACACCAUGUGCCUGUCCCUGGCCACCACCCCGAUGCCCACUGGGGGUGCCCCUGGUGCUGGACGGCUGCAACUGCUGCCGGGUAUGUGCACGGCGGCUGGGGGAGCACUGCGACCAUCUCCACGUCUGCGACCCCAGCCAGGGCCUGGUCUGCCAGCCCGGGGCGGGCCCUGGCGGCCGGGGGGCCGUGUGCCUCUUUGGAGAGGAUGACGGCAGCUGUGAGGUGAACGGCCGGGUAUACCGGGAUGGGGAGACCUUCCAGCCCCACUGCAGGGUUCGCUGCCACUGCCAGGAUGGCGGCUUCACCUGUGUGCCGCUGUGCAGCGAGGACGUGCGGCUGCCCAGCUGGGACUGCCCCCACCCCAGGAGGGUUGAGGUCCCAGGCAAGUGCUGCCCGGAGUGGGUGUGCGACCAGGGAGCGGGGCUGGGGGCCCAGCCCCUCCCAGCCCAAGGACCUCAGUUUUCUGGCCUUGUCGCUCCCCCACCCCCUGGCAUCUCCUGCCCAGAAUGGAGCACAGCCUGGGGCCCCUGCUCAACCACCUGUGGGCUGGGUGUGUCCACCCGAGUGUCCAACCAGAACCACUUCUGCCGCCUGGAGACCCAGCGCCGUCUGUGCCUACUCAGGCCCUGCCCAUCCACCAGGGUCCGCAGCCCCCGGAACAGUGCCUUUUAGAGCCAGGCUGAGAACAGAGACUCGGUGUCCACCUCCCCCAGCUGGCAAUCUUGGCUGCAGACAACAGUCCAGCUUGGGUCCACCCUCCGGGUCCUGGAGGAAAAGAGUGUUUCAAGCCAGCAAGUCCAUCUGAACUCUGAGAUCCAGAGGAAUGCAUGCCCUAGUCCCCCUUCCUCUAACUCACAGCCUGGGAAGAUGGCCAGGUUUCUCCUGGUCCAUUCCCAGCCCAUGCACAGCCUUUAUCAAAGAUGUGCACGAGCUAGCUUUACAGGACAUGGGGCAACCAUCUCACCCUUAAUCAUUAGACUGAGGCAGGUGCCAGGCUGGAUGGGCUCUUUUUCUAGGGGCAUGGUGAAGAGGGGCACAGAUAUUCUGAAUCUCCUGGUUCCUUUCCUGGAGGGAUGCAAAAACGUCCCUGCAUACCUGCCUAUGCAUGAACUUACAUGUCAGGCUUAUGCUGUCUGAGAAAGCCCUCCCUCCUUACUCUGGGCAGAAUUCAGGGGCUGAAUGCUUUGUAAAAAAAUCACAAGGUGAAAUCACACUGUCUUGAAGAAACUCAGAAAAGAGGCCUUAAAGUGACUCAUUAAACCCAACCUGUAUUAGUAACAAUUAACCUUUCUUGAGCCACUGCAAUGUGCCAGGCACCAAGCUAGACACUUUAUAUAGGUCGGUGCUUCGGAACAUUUUUGACUAGGGAAAAGCAGGGGAGAAUGAAAAAUACCUCCCAAAGACUGGAAAACAUGGCCUGAAAUAAACCAAC